AUGAGAUAUCCAACAAUAUUCUUUCUACCAUUUUGGGUUAUAAAUUGUUCAGAAACACCACAAAAUAAUACUGAAAUAUUUAUAAAAUACAGUCACAGUGACGUUGAACCGACUAUAGAUAGACGGAAUAUAGAUGACGAAAAGAAAAUAAUAAAUAAUGGAAACAGUGAGAAGAUAGUCAGAAAAGUUACAGAAGAAAAGAUAGAAACAGAAAAAGUACCCAUAGUUCCUGAAGCGUCUGGAGAUGUUGUUUUUGUACCGAAUGACAAACCAAUAUUCCGUAACGAAGAUGUCUUCAACGUUAAUGAUGCGGUGAAUACUAGAAGAGUUGGAGAUUUGUUGUCUGAAGAUAAACAUCAUAUUGCAACGGAAAAAGCAAAUCAGGACAUUCUGUUUAUAAGCGGAAAAAACGAUGAAAAUGUUGAAAAAACGGUACAAAUGAAGAAAACUAAAAACGAACCAAAAAGUAAAGCAGUCCCAAGUCGAAAGAAAUCUAAAAACUUGGACUGUACUCGUUUGGAUUGUAAUAAUACGGUUGAAUCAAUUUGCGGAGGCAGGAAAGAGAAUAACCAAUGGAAAUAUAGAUUGUUUCUGAACGAUUGUUAUUUAAGGAAAGUUAAUUGUGGAUUUCAAUACCCUGAAAAUCGUUACGAUGUAGUAAACAUGGAAAAAUGUAAGAGAAUUGGAGGUCAUUACAAAACGAGAUCGUACAAUUUUAAACCGAUUCCAGUCAUUGAUAAGAAAACGUUCACUAACAAUGAAACGAGACGCAGCUUCUCAUCGAGAAGGUCUUUGAACAUGGGUAUAGACGGUACAAUCUGUGGACACAAAUGCCCAAUAUCCUGCACAGAAGACCACGACCCUCAAUGUGCGAUCUCGAACACAGGACACCGAAAAGUUUUCUUGAAUCAUUGUCAACUGGAUCAGAAUUCGUGUAUUAAUAAUAUUGUAUGGCACCGUCGACCUCUGUCUGAGUGCGUUGGAGGCAGGAAGGCUGACAUGAACCAGAACAGAGGCUUCAUAGCCUGGAUGCAACGAGCCGGGAUGAUUGACAGAAACGGUAGGCUGGUUCUCAACUGA